ACUGCGAAAUCUGGAUUGGUGUCAGAUGCAAAUGGCAACGAAAUUAAAGACUGUGCAGAUCCUGGCCUUCUAAUAAAGCGGAGUACAAUGUCUCGACUUGCUUCAGAUGUGGUUGAGGAUGCAUUAAUGAGUGAAGAAGGAUGUGAGCUACUGUCAGAGACUCUAAAAAGUUUGCAGGUGAAGUUGAAGUUGCUGAAGGAUGGACCAAGUAAUAACGAAGUUGGAGGGUCCAGCUCUCAAACACAAUAUAUGAAAGACCCUAAGAGAGUGAGGUGCAAAGGAAGGUCGAAAGGAGUAACGGGAGCAAAGGAAAAGGCAAUGAAGCGAGGGAUUAGACACUGUCGGGAGUGUGGACGCAUUGGUCAUGAUAGAAGACAAUGCCCAGCCUUGAACACACCGACAUCACCGUCGAACAAUGACGAAUCAACUCCAAUACAUCGUAGUGACCCAUUAUUCGACGAUUUUGACAGGAUGCACGGACCAACUGAAUGAUUUAUAUUUGUAUUAGACGAAAUGUGGUUGUUAUGAAGAUUAAUGAUCAGGUGAAGUUUUAUAGAUUCAGUUUUUGAAUAUUAUUGUGUUUUUGUUCAUGUCCACCGAUGAGCUCUUACUAUGUCCACUGGUAAUUGAAAUGAAAAUUUG